AUGUUAAGUUCAUUAACUCUAAUUUUGUCGUGUUUCGCAGCCAAAUCCAUCGCUGCGAAUGUGAAUAUGCUGCAUUCUGUGACCAACUAUGAAACCAUUGCACCCAUUGAAGUAGUCGGAAGCAAGUUAUUUUACCAAGGAUCUGAAACUCAAUUCUUUAUCAAGGGAAUUGCUUACCAGCAAAUGAGACAACCCAAUGAAACGUAUAGUAAGGAAUUGAAGUGUCUGUACAUCGAUCCAUUGGCAAAUGCAACCACAUGUUUGAGAGAUUUAGAAUUACUUAAAGAGUUGGGGGUCAAUCUCGUAAGAGUUUAUCAGAUAGACCCAUUAGCCAAUCAUGAUAUUUGUAUGGAGGCGUUUGCCAGAGAGGGUGUGUACGUUUUGGCGGACUUGUCCGAACCUGAAUUAUCCAUCAAUAGAGAAAAUCCUACGUGGAAUACUGAGUUAUAUGACCGAUAUACAUCUGUUGUUGAUAGUUUGAAUAAGUACAAUAAUGUUAUGGGAUUCAUUGCCGGGAACGAAGUUACCACUUCAAAAUCAAAUACAGAUGCAUCACCUUUUGUUAAAGCUGCCUUUCGUGAUAUUAAAAGAUAUAUUGCUGCGAACGGAUACAGAUCAAUCCCGGUUGGAUAUGCUUCCAAUGAUGAUUCAGAAACAAGAAUGAAUUUGUCGAACUAUUUCGUAUGUCAAGAUGAAUCUGGAACCAAAGACAGUAUUGCUGAUUUCUUGGGAAUAAAUAUGUAUGAAUGGUGUGGUUAUUCCAGCUACUCUACAUCCGGCUAUAGGGAGCGAACAGCAGAAUAUUCAAAUUUCCCUGUCCCCAUAUUUUUCAGUGAGUAUGGAUGUAAUACUGCUGGUCCAAGUAGGCCAUUUACCGAAGUGGAAGCAAUCUAUGGAUCUACCAUGUCGAGUGUCUGGUCGGGAGCUAUUGCCUAUCUGUAUUUUGAAGGAGAAAACCAUUAUGGGAUUGUUCAAGAACGACCAGAUGGUACAGUGCAAAAGAUGGGAGACUUUGAAACUUUACUGAUGCGUUUGAAUUCUGCCCAGCCUAAAUCUGCUAUUAAAAAGCAACAAAAUCUGGGAAAAAUACCCAAUUGUCCUAAGCAGUCUUCAGUAUGGAAAGCUUCAAGUGUAUUACCACCAACUCCAGAUGAAGGUAAGUGUGAAUGUAUUCAAUCUACCUUCUCAUGUAUUGUAUCUCCGUAUAAAGAUAUCGGAGAUUACCAACAGUUUCUUGAAGAAGUCUGCACUUCUGUUGAUUGUUCAAGAAUUCGGUCAGAUUCAUCUCGUGGAGUUUAUGGAAGUCUUUCCGAUUGUAAUUUGAAACAACAACUUUCAUAUGCAUUGAAUCAAUUCUACUUGAUAAAUCAACAACAAGAAAGUUCAUGUGAUUUCUCUGGAAGGGCUAUUUUGGUAAAUGGGAACACCGAUCUAGAAGAGAUCUAUUCCCAAGAUGGUAGAACGUGUCAAGAAGCUAUUGGAAUCAUUGAAUGGUCAAAUAAUAGUACCAAUGAAACUAGGAAUGUGAUUCCAACAUUGCAUUCGAAUAUGACAGAGUAUGGUGAUAUCAAUGAACAACGGAAUUUUAAACAAAAUCACAACAGACUGAUGAGUUCUAAUGGCAUCAAGAAUCAAGUAGUAGGUGGAAUAGUUAAACUUUUAAUGUUUAUGAGUGGCUUGUUCUUCGUACUUUAA